AAAGGCAGGACAGUAGUAACCGAUUGCACUUGUUUAACAGUUAUAUUAUUAAUUCACAUUAUUGUCAGUAUAAAUAAAUAUCUCGAAGCAUCAACACGUGUGUUAGAAAAGAACAAGUUUAUCACGUGGAAGAGAGCAUCGAACUACAUGGAGCGUUGGGUGGGCAAAACGGCCGUGGUAACAGGCGCUAGCGCGGGGAUUGGGGCAGCGAUCAGCCUCCGGCUUGCCAACGAGGGGCUGCGUGUGGUGGGGCUUGACAGGAGGGAAGAACUGGUUCAGAAACUGCAAGAUCAGGUGACCGGGAGGGGUGAGAUCUGCGCCAUGCGAUGCGACGUGGGCAAGCCGGAGGAGGUAGCGGCGGCCUUCGAGCGGGUGGAGGAGUUCGGGGGUGUCGACUUGCUCGUCAACAAUGCGGCGUUGUUGCCUAGCGGCCAUAUAACAGAGGCCCUCAGUGACCCCCUAAAAGAUGCCCAAGUCCAUCAAAUGAUAAACGUGAAUAUCACCGGCUACGUCCUGUGCUCGCGUCAUGCUGUUGCUUCCAUGAAGAAACGGGGAGUGGAAGGUCAUAUAGUUGUCAUCAACAGCGUGGGAGGCCACUACAUCCCCUCCAUACCAGUGGCCAACCUGUACCCGAUGACCAAGCAUGCCGUCACCGCCUUCUGCACUGCGCUGAACGAUGAACUGGCGCAUGCAAAAGCGAAGAUCAAGAUCACUAGUCUCUCUCCCGGCCUGGUCGACACUGAUAUGGGUCGCCUGGUGAGUGAGGACGUUGCGGGCGCCGAGGCGUAUUCUGCUACGCCUAAACUGAGGACGAAAGACGUCGUCGAUGCCUUGGUCUACGUCGUGUCGACGCCUCCUAACGUAAAUAUAUUGGAGUUGACUAUCUCAGCUCUGAAUGAGAUAAGGCACUAAAAAAUUACGAAGAAGUCGAAAAACUAACAACGGCGGCUGGAUGGGUAUAAUACCCAUACUUAUUGCACCGAAAUGGAACAAAAUAUAACGUUAAUAGCAAA